AUGGCUCUCAACCUUGCUAUCAUUGGCGGUCACGGAAAGGUUGCUUUGCAUCUCGCGAGGCUUGCUGCUAGUCGUGGCCACAAGAUCACAUCGGUCAUUCGAGACGUAUCGCACGGUCAAGACAUUUCACAUACUGGAGCAACCCCUCAAGUCUUAUCGUUAGAGGAUGCACAGGCCUCCGAUUUUACAACACUCUUCACUAACCUCAAGACAGACGUCGUAUACUUUAGUGCAGGUGCAGGGGGAAAGGGCGGUGAAGAACGUACCAAAGCUGUGGACUAUAAUGGUGCCCUCAAGAUAUUCGAUGCGAUCGACGGUGUGAACGGCAAGAAACCUCGUCUAGUCCUCGUAUCCGGUCUCGACGUGGGUAACGAGGAUCGUUUCCCGGAGCACUAUACCGAGGCAGAUAAGAAAGCAAUAACUGCUUCUCGCAAGGCCAUACCGGCAUGGUACAAGUGGAAAUACGAAGCUGAGAAAGUGCUCGUGAAACGAAACUCAUUCGAAUGGAUUAUACUUCGUCCCGGAACCUUGAAUGAUAACCCUGGUACCGACACUGCUGACAUUGGGCGAGCGAAUCUUACAGAAACCAUAUCGAGAGAAGACGUUGCAAAAGCGUUACUUCAGCUGGCUACUGUUCCACCUAAAGCAUCUGGCUUGGCGAUUGAUAUGGGGGGAGGAAAGGAGUCUAUUGGCCCUGCAAUCGAUGCCUUCAUUAAGAAAGGUGUCUCUGACUGGCUAGGUCAAGCUUAG